AGCCUUGAAUGGGCGGAGUCUGACGUCAGCUUUACUAAACUGUCAUGUUUGUGGAUUAAACAGUACAUUUGCAGCAUGAAUAGUUGUACGAGUACAUAUUUCAGUUUUUUUACAUUAUCGACAUAACGUCGCCAAGCGAUCGCUGGGAACUUUCGACAAAAUAUAUCGAAGGACGUUGGCGGAAGAGGAAGGCGGAACAAAUUCCCAACGACUACAAUUAAGGCCAUAAUAAUUGCACAGGUUGUGCCCACAAUCCUUUGCCUGCCAGACCUAUCGUGCAACCAUGUCCAUGGCACUGAAACAAGUCUUCAACAAAGACAGGACAUUCCGGCCCAAGCGCAAAUUUGAGCCUGGCACACAGCGCUUUGACCUGCACAAAAAGGCCCAGGCCUCUCUGAACGCCGGUUUGGACCUGAAGCAGGCCGUGCAGCUGCCCCACGGGGAGGACCUCAACGACUGGGUGGCUGUCCACGUUGUCGACUUCUUCAACCGCAUCAACCUCAUCUACGGCACCAUCAGUGACUCCUGCACCGACAAGACCUGCCCGGUGAUGUCCGGCGGGCCCAAGUACGAAUAUCGCUGGCAGGACGAGCACAAGUACAAGAGGCCGACUGCGCUGGCGGCCCCCAAAUACAUGAGUCUGCUCAUGGACUGGAUCGAGGUACAGAUCAACAACGAGAACAUCUUUCCCACCAAUGUCGGUACUCCUUUCCCUAAGACUUUCAUGCAGGUGGCUAAGAAGAUUUUGUCCCGCCUGUUCCGGGUGUUUGUCCACGUCUACAUCCACCACUUUGACAGAGUGAGCCAGAUGGGAGCCGAGGCUCACGUCAAUACCUGCUACAAGCAUUUCUAUUACUUUGUUACUGAGUUCAACCUGACAGACCACAAAGAGCUGGAGCCUCUGAAAGAGAUGACCUCUCGGAUGUGCCACUGAGGGACCCAAGUUGAUCUGUGGACUCUCCCAACCGUCCAUCUGAAAACCGCAGUUGAGUUAAAUGACAAAUACGUACAUCCACAAAGAGUCUAUUUUUAUAUUGAAGUACUGUAAUCUAUUUUAGCUACAGACUGUAGGUUUUAAGCGAGAAGCUCGUCAGGUAAAAUGUUUCUUUUAUUCAAAAUGGAAAACAUUCUAUAUCAGAGUGAUGUAUUAAGAGGUCUAUAAUGUUUUUAUUUGAAUCGCAAUGCAUUCCAGCAUGCUUUUACUUUGGGGGUUUUUUUUCGUCUAAAUGAAUACUUUGUCGUUGUAUUAAAAUUCCUUACUCUAUUAUAA